AACUAGGUCUGCCAACCAGGAAAAGAUUAUCUCAAGUACUGUUGACUCCAAAAAUGACACUUCAUCAAUGUGCUGUUCGAGUCAUUCACCAGUGUCAUGGUCCAACCAUGGACCACGCGGUGGGAUGGAAUCCAACAGCCCCCAGGAACUGGUCUCUCCUCUGAAGAUGCAGAGCAGCAGGGCCUCUUCCUGACCCAAUUGUACCUUCCAGAAAGAUAUCAGCUAUACUUUGCUUCUUUGCUAACUUCUGUUUUAGAUGUCAAUGUGUGGACCACCCUGGCCAACGUGACGAAGACAGACGUGAUAUGUGUGUCCAUGGCAACUCCCACGAGUCCUUUUUGCACCUGUCUGGUUGGAGUACCUAUUGAUAACUACCGGUGGGGAACUCUAUAUAAUGAGACCGUGUUAGCAAACUGCACACAUCCAGGAACUCAACAACCUCUUUGGUGGUGCCAGGCAUCGUGGCGAGCUAAAAGUGGAAAGGACGCCACUUGGUAUAUUAAGUCUUUAGCAUACAUGCAUAAUUUUCCUGCUUUACCCAUUCAACCACAAGAGUUGGACAUUUUAGGGACAUUAACUGCAACUCGAUGCUUCUACCUAAACUAUACGUCAGGUACCAAGGUUAAUGAAGGAGGAGUUGACAUUUUUCCUAGAGAUAUUUACCGGAACGCAUCAGCUUGGUGCAAUGAGACUCUGCAAAACCAAUUUAUUCCUGGAUUUGAUGCGAUAGGUCUCCCAAAUGAUCUGUUUCUCAUUUGUGGACAAAGAGCGUGGAAAGGUAUUCCGGGAAAGGCUGUAGGAGGCCCUUGUACCUUUGGACAAUUAACCUUUUUUCAUCCUCGCAGCGUAACCUUGCCUAAGCUAAGAAGACGCAGACGUGGCACACGGCGAUUUACUCCAGACUGUAACUCUGAUGUAGAGUUUUGGAAUAAGGCUGAAAGAAUAACUGCUAGUAUUAUAUCUCAGAUAGGGACUGCUCAUGCUUUGGCUUCUUUAAAUAAACUAGGAUGCUGGUUGGCUAAAGAAGCUAAUGCUACUUCUGCUGCUUUGAGUGCAUUGCUCACAGAUGUAGACUCUGUUAGACAUGCAAGUUUACAAAAUAGAGCUGCUAUUGAUUUUUUGUUGUUAGCCCAGGGACAUGGCUGUCAAGAUUUUGAGGGCAUGUGCUGCAUGAAUUUAAGUGAUCAUUCUGAAUCUGUUCAUGCUAGCAUUCAGAAAUUAAAAGCCCUUACUCAACAAUUACAUGUUCAUGAUGAAUGGAACCUCUUUGGUGAUUGGAAAUGGGGAUGGCCCUGGUUACGAAAAGUGUUAAUAGGCUUGUCAAUAGUUGGAUGCAUAAUAACAUGCAUAUUGUGUAUGAUUCCCUGUAUACUAACAUGUGUACGUUGAAUGAUAAACACCAAGCUAAAUGCAUUGCAAUCUCGAGUAGUUCGUUAUCAUCCUCUUGCUACCAUUGAUCACGCGGUGGUAUGUAAGGGGGAUACUUUUGAAUUAGAUGAUCAAUGGAGCAUAGAGGCGUGAGAACGAACUCAUAUUAGGAUGUGAAACCAGCUAGAGUAUGGUACAAUGUAACUUAUGGCAGAAGCUAAUUGUAAGGUCCAUUGUGCUUUUUAGCAAGUCAGCUUGAUAUCCCCUAUUAUCAGAGCUGAGUUCUUCCUUGGUUUUGCUACAUAUUGCAAGAUAGAUACAUCUACCCUUGAAACACAAUGGUAGAGGUCAUACAUAGGGGUGAGAAAGAUGAUGAUGGGAGGAAGAUUAUGUGGGCAGGGGUCACUCGCCCCUUGCCCUACAAGUAGGGCAUGCGCAGACUGUUGCCAUGAGGUCAUGAUUAGGCGGUGUUUGGCUGCCAUUCAGGCAUCACCUUAUGCUACGUACUGGCCCUACGUAGUGUAAUGUGGAACUGAUAAAAAUGGGGUGUCGAGACUGCUGGGUUGAGCGAUACUCAUCCUACCACCGAGACUGUGUUGCUCCGCGGGGACGCCCGCUAAGCAUGGGUACCGACCAGCUGCUGCAGAUCCUGACAGCCCUGGCCUGUCUGUGUGGGUAAGCACAGGUUAUUGAUAGGAAGCAACUGAGAGAACAAACUUUUUAAUAUCCUUUUAGUGUUCCUUUAAUUCCCCUUUUAUGUUUAUAGUAUUUUUCCUUUAGUUUCCCUUUUUACUAACUAAUAUCGUGUUAUCCAUA